UAAGAAUUGGUCGUGCCACACAAAACCGCUACGCACGGACGAUUGUCGUAAAUCCAGAUUAAAAAGUACGUCCGCUAUUAUUUGUUUUUAUCGCGAAAUGUGUAAGAUUUAUAAAUAAAUGCAAUCGCUCAAAGUAAACAUCUAAGAUAAAGCAUGAAAGGUGUCUAAUCUCAACUCAGCAGCUGUUACGAGCCAUUUAGAACUUUUGGUCAAGGGCAUGGCGCAUUGACUCUGGCAUUUGGCUUUGAAUACCAAACCAGAUCUAGUCGGGAGCUGUGAACAUGCUGCAGCCAACGCUCGCAUCAGAGCUGGAGGGGAAUGGCGGUGUCCAGGAUAGCAUUGUGUUGGGCAUGGCAGGCGUGUGCCUAGAUGACACCGAUAUCGAUGUUGAUCCGGAUGCGGAUGUGGAUGUGGAUGUCGAYGUCGACGUGGAUGCUGUGCCCGAGCGUAAGCCACAUUUCUUAGACUAUGAUGCUGCUGCGCCGCCCGAUUAUGAGGAGAACUAUGGCUAUAGAAUUGCCGCUGGGGAGCAGUUGAAAAUGGACAAGAAAUUCGAGCGGGAUGGCGAGAUAAGCGAUUACGAGCUGGCCGCCAGUGGCUAUACCAAGAAGGAGUUCACCCAGGACGAUAAUACGCUGCACUACACCCACAGCAGCGGCGCAGCUGGCGCCAAGAAACCAGCCAAGCACUUUCUGGAUGAGAAUCCUAUACCGCCUGAUUAUAUGCUGGCACAGGAGCUGCGCGAGCAUCGCAGCCUGGAUCGAAAUUUCGAGCGGCAGUCGGCGCAGCAACAACAGCAGAAGGAGCUGCUGCCAGCUCAGCGUCUGGGCUCACCCGCAGGAGUAGGAGCCGGGGCAAUGGGCACAAGUGUGGGUAGUCGGGCCUCGCGUAGCAAGGAGCCCUCGUAUACGCUCUCCCGCUUCCUAGAUGCUGAUGCGGCGCCACCGCCCUUGCCACGCCUACCCAAAGGCACCGCCUGGACGAGCACAAGCGACGUGGAUGCCACGCUGGGCGCCAAGGUGGAGUGUGUCUACUCGCUGCUGUCUAUGCUGGGCUCCAACGAUCCUCUGGAGAUGUCGAAAAAGUUUCUCGAACUGUCCGCGAAUAGUCAGAGUUGUGCCACAUUGCGUCGCUCCGGCUGCAUGCCGCUGCUGGUGCAAAUGAUGCAUGCGCCGGACAACGAGCAGGAGGUGCGCAAGUGCGCCAGCCUCGCGCUGCACAAUGUGGUGCACAGUCACCCGGAUGAAAAGGCGGGCAGGCGGGAGGCGAAGGUGUUGCGCCUGCUCGACCAAAUAGUGGAUUAUUGCAACUUCCUGAAGACGCUGCUGCAGAGCGGCGGCGAGGCCAUAGCCGAUGACUCCGAUCGUCAUCCGCUGGCGGCCAUAUCGUCCCUAAUGAAGGUCAGUUUCGACGAGGAGCAUCGGCAUGCCAUGUGCGAGCUGGGCGCGCUGCAGGUGAUACCCAAUCUGGUGCACCUGGAUCAUGCCGUGCACGGACCCAAGCCGGAGGAUCAGUGCUGCAAUUCGCUGCGACGCUACGCGCUGAUGGCGCUCACCAAUCUCACGUUCGGCGAUGAGAACAACAAGGCGCUGCUCUGCGGCCAGAAGCAGUUCAUGGAGGCGCUGGUCGCCCAGCUGGACACGAGCGGACCCGACGAUCUGCUCCAGGUGACAGCCAGUGUGCUGCGCAAUCUCUCCUGGCGCGCGGACAGCAACAUGAAGGCGGUGCUCAACGAGAUCGGAACUGUGACGGCACUGGCCAGGGCGGCCAUGCGCAACAAGAGCGAGAAUACGCUGAAGGCCAUCCUCUCGGCACUGUGGAACCUCUCGGCCCACUGCAGCACCAACAAGGCGGAGUUCUGUGCCGUUGAGGGCGCCCUCGCCUUCCUGGUGGGCAUGCUCAGCUAUGAGGGGCCCAGCAAGACCCUCAAGAUCAUCGAGAAUGCCGGCGGCAUUCUGCGCAAUGUCUCCAGCCACAUAGCCGUGUGUGAGCCGUAUCGCCAGAUCUUGCGCCAGCACAACUGCCUGGCCAUCCUGCUGCAGCAGCUCAAGUCGGAGAGCUUGACUGUUGUGAGCAACUCGUGCGGCACUCUGUGGAAUCUGUCCGCACGCUGUCCGGAGGAUCAGAAGUUCUUAUGGGAUAAUGGCGCGGUGCCGAUGCUGCGCUCGUUGAUACACUCCAAGCAUGCCAUGAUCUCGGAGGGCAGCUCAUCGGCGCUGAAGAAUCUUUUGAAUUUUCGGCCCGCUGUGCAGAAUCAGGAUCAAUUGGAUCCGAUUGCCCGCUCCAUGGGUCUCAAGCAGCUGCCCACGCUGAAGGCGCGCAAACAGAAGGCGCUGCAGCAGGAGCUGGGCGAACGGCAUGCCGAGACCUGUGACAACUUGGAGAGCAACAACAGCACUAGCAAUAGCAACAACAAUAACAAUAAUAAUAGCAUCGGCACGAGCGUCAUUUCCCAUAAGGUGCGACGCCAUCCGGCUCCCACACGUCUGUCGCGCUCCGCCCUGCUGACCAAGAGCGAGAGCCGUGACUCUGUCUAUUCGGCGAAGUCGGACACGGCCUACGAGCAUCUGAUGCGCUCAGAUGCGGCCAAGAGGCAGGGCAACUUUGAGCUGGAGCUGGAGCACGAUGUGGAGGCCACAGAGGAACAGCCCAUUGACUAUUCGGCCAAGUAUAGCGAAGGAGCGGCCAAUAGCAGCGGCAAAGCAACAACAUAUCAGGAAACGGAUUUGGAUCAGCCCACGGACUUCAGUCUGCGCUAUGCGGAGAAUCAAUUGGAGUCGGACAUGAAGUCCGCCGUGGGCUGUGCACCGAGUGCCAAGGCAUCGGGCGAGGGCCAGGAGAUCCUGCUCAUGCUAGAUGACAGUGUCAAAUGCUAUCAGACCGAGGAUACGCCAUAUGUCAUAUCGAAUGCGGCGUCUGUCACGGACUUGCGCCAGGCGGCCAAAGCGGAAGCUGAAGCGGAUGCCGCCUCAUCGCCACCCGCUGAGGCGAUCAUCAAGCCAAGCGGCGUGGAGGAGAGCUCCUUGACGCAACCGCAGGCGCCCCUUAAGCAGCAAUCUUCUAAGCUGUCCUCGGCUCUGGCUUCUGGCUCCUACACGCCCGAGAAACCCAUCAAUUACUGUGAGGAAGGCACUCCCGGCUAUUUCAGUCGCUACGAUUCGCUUAGCAGUCUGGAUGAGCCUGGCAAAUCGGCUCCAAAGGCAGACGGCAAGUCGGUCAAACUGGAGGAGCAGCAGCAAACAGAGCAGCCAGAGGUGCAGCCGCAGGAGGAGCCAACACCAGCCAAAACCAAUUCGGCGCUCGAGACGCCGCUGAUGUUUUCUCGACGCAGCUCCAUGGACUCCCUGGACGUGGAUGUGGCCAAUUGCGAUGACAAGAGCUCGGUGGUCAGCGACUUUAGUCGCCUAGCCAGCGGUGUCAUCUCGCCCUCAGAGCUGCCCGACUCGCCCACACAGAGCAUGCCGCAGUCGCCAAGGCGAACCAGCGUAGCAGGCGCCAGCGUUGCCCUGCCUCCUGGCAGUGGUCGACGCCAGCAGCCGUUGCGCAGCGUCUUCGAGGAUGAUCUGAGCAAAUUCAAUGUGGAGAACACGCCCGCGCAGUUCUCCGGCGCCACCAGCCUGAGCAACUUGAGCAUCGUAGACGAUGACAAGCCCAUGGGCGAGGACAACGAUGUCGACAAGGAGGAUGAGCUGCUGCUGGCCAGCUGCAUCAACAUGGGCAUGCAGCGUCCUGCUACUGCAAGCGCAGCGGCAGCUGCAGGCAGUGCAACGGGAACUGGAACGGCAGCUGCAGCAGCCUCUGCAGAGGAGACGACACGCAGCUACUGCACCGAGGACACGCCCGCUCUGCUCUCCAAGGUGGGCAGCAACACCAAUCUCUCGGCCAUAUCCAUGAACUCGACAGCUGAAACACAGCCACAGCGCUGCUCCCUCAAUCUCUCCGACGACGUCUCCUCCAAUGCGUCCGAUAGUGGCGGCGGCGCUGGAGCCGCUGCCAUGCUCCAGCAGUGCAUUCGCGACGGCAUGCAGAAGCCCAGUCCGAUGCCAGCGGCGCCUCUUAACGAGGAUCCCAUUGCAAUGUUGCGCCGCGGUGGCAACAUGCUCCCCACCUAUUUGCCCGUCAGCGAUGAGAUGAGCAAAUAUCUGGUGGAGGACAGUCCCUGCAAUUUCUCGGUUGUGUCCGGUUUGUCCAAUCUAACCGUGGGCUCCAGUCUGGUCGGACCUGCGGUGCAGCUGCAGGAAACAACUGGCAGUGUCGAUGCAUCUGCCGUGAAGUCAGAGAGCCAGGAGCCAGCCCAGGAGCAAGUCAAUCGACCGGCGCAGUGGCAGGACGAUUCGUUGAGCUCUUUGUCCAUUGACUCCGAGGAUGACACCAAUUUGCUGAGUCAGGCUAUUGCCGCCGGCUGCAAUAGACCCAAGUCGAAUCUGGGCUUCAGCGGCACGAGCGCAACGAGCAGCAAACGCUCCAGCUCGCUGUGCUCGUCGUCUCAGCCCAUAGCCAUCAAUGCGGCCACCUCGGCGUGCUCCUUGAAUUCGGCAAUGAGUGCGCGCAAGACGGUGCAACAGGAAUCCUACAGCUCGGUGGACUCCAGCGACUCGAAUGACAAUCAGUCCAAGUCGCUAUUCGAGCUGUGCAUUUUGAAUGGCAUGUACAAAUCCAAGGAGCCGAGCAGAUCGCAGCAGCUACAGUUACAGCAGCAGCAGCAGCAGCAAUCAGCGGCACACUCAAAUCCCAAUCUGAAGCAAUUUGAUUCGCUGCCCGUGCAAUUGCCAGUGCAGUCGAAGCGGCAGCGUCAUCAUCACCACCAUCAUCAUCAGCAUCAGCGGGAGCGAGAGCGCGAGCGCAAGGAUGAGAAAUUGCUGCUGGAGUGCAUCAAUACGGGCAUCUCGAAGAAAAUAAAUGCCGUGCCAAAAAACGGGCAGGCUACGUCUGCAGCUGCAUUGGAACCGUGUCACCCAAUGGCGGCUACUACAUCAGCAAGUGUCCACAGCACAGCAGCAGCAGCAGCUCCAGACGUAGAGCAGAAAUCGCACGCACCAUCAACCCGUCACAACAGCCAACCGGCCAGCCAGCAGAGCCAUCAGUCACCCAGGCACGGCAUCGACAUCGACACAGACGCAGCAAAAAGUCCAGCUCCAAGUCCAGAGAUCGUGAACACGAUCGAUCACGCGAUCGUUACUGGGUCUAAAAUAGUCCUGGGGGAUAACGAUGCGGAUCGUUCCAGCGAUGAGUCGAAUCAGUCGUUGAUACUGGACACCACAGUGCGGCUGGACGAGAUCCCGGAUGACAGCCGGCCACGAACGGCGGACAAGCACAAGGAUCCCGAUCUAAUGCUCAAAUCUGUGGAGCGUCUCACAUUGGAGUUUGUGACAUCCGCGGAGCAAUUGCGCACGGGCAAUCACAAUCACAGUCAGAGUCAGAGCCAUAGUCACAGUCACAGUCAGGGCAACACCUGGAACGAGCACACCUGUCCCAAUGAUGUGUCCUUCCCGAGCAUUAGCCAAACUGCGCCUGUGUUGGGUGCACUCAGCUUGGAUGAUGCUGAUGUGGAUGAUAUGGAUGCGGAUGCUACAGAGGCGCAGGAUUUGCAUGAUUUUGCCGAAAUCACGCCCACCAAUGAGACGCAACUGCUGUGCUCAUUGGGUGUGGUUAACGGUGAUGCCAACUUCCAGCAGCCCAACUCCCUGGAUAGUCACACUCUGAGCGACACGCUCACCGAGCAGCCCGAGCAGAGUCAGCAGAGUCUGUCGUCCGGCCUCAACUUUCAGCUGGGCGGGCAGGUGCAGAGCGCUGCGGCGCGCAGCUGCGAGCAGCAACAGAGGCUGCUGCUAUUCAACGGCACAAGCGCCUCCAUGAUGACCAACUCCACAAUGAUUGCGUACGAGGCGCGAGCUCUGGCCGACAAUCUGCAGCAGCUGCAGGCGUCCGAUCCCGAUAGCAAUGAGCACAACGAUGACAGCACCCAGUUGACAUUCAGCAUCAAUGGCAGCCUGGAUCUGGACAAUGUGCGUCCACCAUCGGGCAUGGAGUCGCUGAACUCUGCCUGCAAUACGCAGCCGAGCUCGUUGCGCCUGGCCCUGCCAACCAAAUCGCCAAGAUUUGGACGCAAGGCCUUUCCAGCCGGUCUGGUGGCCAGACGUGCGCUUGGCCAGUUGGCGGGCAGUGCCGAGAGCGUGAACUCCAGCUGCAACCUACUGGACAACAUAAAGCCGCCGUCACUCAUGGACGAGCUGCUCGAUUCGAUGAUCAGCGUGGACAGCAUCCAGUCGGAGGUGGCGGACGUUGAGCAGGAGUGCAGCAUGGCAACCACCAUAUCGGUAUCCAAUUACGAGACGGCCGCUGGUGACGACCAGACACUGACUGUGCUCCAGAGCUGCUGUGACUUCGAUGACGAGGAGGACGCCACCAUGAACGAUGAAUUUAGCUCCGCGGAGUCAACUCCCAAGCAGGGCUCGACACCUUCGCCGAAUCGUCGCACUCUCACGCCUAAGCAGAAGCGUCGUCUGGCCAAAGAUCGUUACAAGACCUACACCAUCACGGGCAACGCCAUGGACAUUGUGGAGCCCAAUGAAACGCUGCAGAUUGAGAUUGUGGAGGCUGUGCCUGCUGCAGUGGCCCCAGCGACGCCAUCGCCCCGUGCCAAUGGACGACGACGUGGCAGUGCCGAACGCUACAAGACGCAGGUCAUUGAGUGCCCGCUCCACCUUCUGCAGGAUGAUUGCCCCAGUGAUCAGCUGUCCUCCAUGCGCGCCAUGAUGCAGCAGUUCACCUACAUCACAGACAUUGACAUUGGAAACUCCAGCGAAGCACCCGAGCCGCACGCUCCGGCUGAUGAUCCGCCCAGCUGUGACGGCGAUCAGAACUCCGAGACGGAAUCGUGUCACGGACGCGGCCAGUCGCCGCCAGUGGCCAAAGAGCUCACGCUGAAGCGUACGACUCCGCCGCCACAGCCGCCUGUCCUGGAGCCUGCAGCUGCUGUCAAGGUGGUGCGGGGACGCAAGAAGCCUGCCUACAUCUCGCCCUACAGCAUGCAGAGUCAGCGUAAUAGCAAUGCAGCCGCUGCUGCUGCCAAGGCCAAGACGAAGACGCUAUCGCCAACCAUAGCUAAGCGCAAUGCACUGCCUAGCACGCGGCUGCCGGCCAAGAAGAAGGCAACUCCGCCACCGGCAGCCACGCGUCUGGAGCGGCAGGGCACCUUCGUCAAGGAUGAGCCCACUAAUGUUAAUGGACAGGUGCCUGUCGUGGAGCCAGUAAGUCCCACGCAACGCGCAUCCAAGCUGCCCACAAAGCGGCCAACAACAGCAGCAGCAGCAACAACAAAGACCUUAGCGAAGGCAGCCUCACCCAAACGGAUCAUAGCCAAAGCAGCGCCUCGCGUGCUGCCGCCACAACAGAAACCGCAACAACGUGCCAAUACCAAUAUACGCCUGGCCAGUGCCAAGGCAGCGGCUGCCUCCCGCGUGGCCGCCCAAGCGAAUCGAAUAUCCAGCACGACUCCGCCCUCACGAAGCAAUUCGAAUUUGAAUGGUGGCAGUGCUGCCGUGGCAGCUGCGUCGGCGGCGGCCGUCAAAAUUAACCAGGCGCAGAGUCGCAUUGCCAAUAUCUGGAAGCGGGUGGAUGAGGCAAAAACCAAGACGACAAAAACCAAGCAAAUAUCCAAUCUGAGGACGCAACAAACGAAGUCUUCCAAUACGCUGAACGGCAAUGCGUCGCGGCCCACGCUCUUGCGCAGCUCCACGUUCGACAAUACGCCGCCGGAUGCAGCGGCAGUCGGUAGUCAAGCAUCUGGAGCAACUGCAGCAGCUGCCCGCUCCCGGCUGCCCAUUGGAGGAGUGCGCAAAUAGAAACGAACGCACAAAGCGAAUCCCGUCUUGCAUUUUCAUAUGGAAACAGAAUCAAAGAAAGUUUAUUAUAUAUAGAACUAUAUAUGUCUUACAUACCUAUAGAGUAUAUAUAUUUAUA